AUGGAAGUGAAGGAACGCAGACCCUACCGCUCGCUCACCGCCCGGCAGGACACCGAGCGCCGCUACACCAGCUCCUCCGCCGACAGCGAGGAUGGGAAACCCAACCCCAAGUCCUACAGCUCCAGCGAGACCCUCAAGGCCUUCGACCACGACUCCAGGAUGGCCUACGGGAGCCGCGUCAAAGAGAUGGUCCAUCACGAGGUGGACGAGUUCAGCCGGCAAGGGGCCGACUUCUCCCUCCGAGACCUGGGCUUCGGGGAGGCGCUGCCGUCCCACGUGGCCACGUACCGGAGCGACCUGGGGAUGCCGCACCGCGACUACUCGGUCAGCGUGGGCUCGGACGCCGACACGGAGACGGACGGCAUCAUGUCGCCGGAGCACGCCGUCCGGUUAUGGGGACGCAGCAACACCAAGUCGGGCCGCAGCUCGUGCCUCUCCAGCAGGGCCAACUCCAACCUGACUCUCACCGACACCGAGCACGAGAACACAGAGAACGGUCCUCCGCUGCAUUGUUCAUCCGCCUCCUCCUCCUCCUCCCCUGUCGAGCAGCUCCCAUACCCUCCCCCUUCCAUUGCAGCCAAUCAGUACCAGGGAGGGUUGCUAGGUAACUGUGCGGCUCAGCCAGCCCAGGACUCUGACUCUGAGGAUGAGUUUGGCCCCAAUUCAUUCUUAGUUAAAACUGGCUCAGGGAACCUGUAUGCUCCUGCCACUGCGACUGCUGAUGACGGAGCCUUUCAAAACCACUCUCGGCUACGGACGCCUCCUCUCCCGCUCUCCCACUCCCACUCGCCCAACCAUCAGCACCAUGCGGCCUCCAUUAACUCCUUGAACCGGGGCAACUACACGCCUCGGAGCAACCCGAGUCCGGCGCCCACAGACGGCUCCGUGCCCACCGAGGGUCCGGCCAGCGGUCAGGAGCCCGGCAGCGUGCAGGACAACUGGCUGCUCAACAGCAACAUCCCCCUGGAGACAAGAAACAUAGCAAAGCAGACAUUCCUAGAGACUUUACAGGACAACCUCAUUGAGAUGGACAUUCUGGCAUCGGCUCACCACGAUGCUCCGUACAACGACGGGCACUUCCUGUUCAAACCAGGUGGAACCUCACCAAUGUAUUGCACAACAUCACCAGGAUACCCUUUGACCUCCAGCACGGUGUACUCGCCUCCCCCCCGCCCUCUGCCGCGCAACACCUUCUCCCGCCCGGCCUUCAGCCUGAAGAAACCCUACAAGCACUGCAACUGGAAGUGCGCCGCCCUCAGUGCCAUCCUCAUCUCAGUCACACUGCUGUUCCUGUUGGCCUACUUUAUCGCGAUGCACCUUUUCGGAUUAAACUGGCACCUGCAGCCGAUGCAGAGGCAGAUGUACCAGCUGUCCGAGGACAACACCAGCGGCCUGCCCUUCCCCACGGACCUGAGCCUGCCACCGCUCGGCAACACUGGUGUAGAGAUACCGGACCGCAAAGGAAAAGAUGAAAGCAAAUUGGACAGCUUGUUCCCGGAUGACAGCUAUAUAGAUAUGGGGGAGAUUGACGUGGGACGCAAGGUCGCGCAGCAGAUUCCUCCCGGUAUCUUCUGGAGGUCCCAGGUCUUCAUUGAUCAUCCCCUGUACCUGAAGUUUAACGUGUCCCUGAGCAAAGACGCCUUAGUGGGAAUCUACGGGAGGAGAGGUCUCCCUCCGACACACACACAGUUUGACUUUGUGGAGCUCCUGGACGGACGGCGGCUCCUGGCCCAGGACUUCCACGGCCUGGAGGGACCCGCGGCCAUGCAGCGGAGCCUGGCGCCCAUCACCACCCACGACACGGGAUUUAUCCAGUACAUGGACUCGGGCAUCUGGCAUCUGGCCAUCUACAACGACGGAAAAGACACCGAAACCGUCUCCUUCCUCACCACAGCCAUAGAAUCUCUGGACGACUGUCCCAGUAACUGCUUCGGGAACGGCGACUGCGUGUCCGGAGCGUGCCGCUGCUUCCUGGGAUUCAAAGGACCCGACUGCGGGCGAGCCGCCUGUCCGGUGCUAUGCAGCGGGAAUGGUCAAUACCUUAAAGGUCGCUGCAUGUGUCACAGCGGCUGGAAGGGCGCCGAGUGUGACGUUCCCACCAACCAGUGCAUCGAUAUCACGUGCAGCAGCCAUGGGACCUGCAUCGUGGGAACCUGCAUCUGCAACCCGGGCUACAAGGGGGAGAACUGCGAAGAAGUGGACUGCCUGGACCCGACAUGCUCCGGGCGAGGGGUGUGCGUCCAGGGAGAGUGCCACUGCUUUGUGGGCUGGGGGGGGCCCGGAUGUGAGAGCCCCAGGGCCUCCUGCAUGGACCAGUGCUCUGGACACGGAGCGUUCCUGGCGGACACCGGAACCUGCAGCUGCGAUCCCAACUGGACGGGACACGACUGCUCCACAGAGAUUUGUGCAGCGGACUGUGGUGGCCAUGGCGUUUGUGUGUCGGGCGCCUGCCGCUGUGAGGACGGCUGGAUGGGCAGCGGCUGUGACCAGAGGGCGUGUCACCCGCGCUGCAACGAGCACGGCACCUGCAAGGACGGCAAGUGUGAAUGCAGCCCGGGCUGGAACGGAGAACACUGCACCAUCGAGGGCUGCCCUGGUCUGUGCAAUGGAAAUGGUAGGUGCACUCUGGGUAACAAUGGCUGGUACUGUGUGUGCCAGCUGGGCUGGAGGGGCACUGGCUGCGACACCUCCAUGGAAACGGCCUGCAGUGACGUCAAGGACAACGAUGGAGACGGCCUGGUGGACUGCAUGGAUCCGGACUGCUGUCUGCAGUCGACCUGUCACACCACCCCCCUGUGCGUGGGCUCCCCGGACCCCCUGGACAUCAUCCAGGAGACCCAGGUGUCCUCGGCACAGAACAACCUGCAGACCUUCUACGAGCGGGUGCGCUUCCUGGUGGGCCGGGACAGCACCCACAUCGUCCCCGGGUCCAACCCCUUCGACGGCAACCAUGCUUGUGUCAUCCGUGGACAAGUGGUGACCUCGGACGGAACGCCGCUGGUCGGAGUCAACAUCAGUUUCAUCAACAACCCGUCUUAUGGCUACACAAUCACCCGGCAGGAUGGAAGUUUUGACUUGGUGACCAACGGCGGCAUCGCCAUCGCGCUGCACUUUGAGCGCGCUCCGUUCAUCACCCAGGAGCACACGCUGUGGUUGCCAUGGGGACGCUUCUUCGUCAUGGACACCAUCGUCAUGCGGCACGAGGAGAACGACAUCCCGAGCUGUGACAUCAGCGGCUUCACCCGGCCGAGCCCGGUGGUGUCGCCGGCCGCGCUCACCGCCUUCGCCGGCUCCUGCGCCGAGCGCGGGACCGUGGUGCCCGAGAUCCAGUCCCUGCAGGAGGAAGUGCCGAUUCCAGGAUCAGAUAUGAAACUGGGCUAUUUAAGCAGCAGGACCCCAGGUUACAAGUCAAUACUGAGAGUGACCCUCAGCCACUCCAGCAUCCCUUUCAACCUGAUGAAGGUUCACCUCAUGGUGGCCGUGGAGGGCCGGCUGUUCAGAAAGUGGUUUCCCGCCGCCCCCAACCUCUCGUAUUACUUUGUGUGGGACAAGGCGGACGUCUACAGCCAGAAGGUCUACGGCCUGUCUGAAGCCUUCGUAUCUGUGGGUUUCGAGUACGAGUCGUGUCCGGAUCUUAUUCUGUGGGAGAAGAGGACGGCCGUUCUGCAGGGAUACGAACUCACAGCCUCCAAACUGGGAGGGUGGACCAUAGACAAGCACCACGCUUUAAAUAUCCAGAGUGGAAUUCUUCACAUGGGAAAUGGGGAGAACGUCUUCAUCUCCCAGCAGCCUCCUGUGAUCGGCAGCGUGAUGGGAAACGGGCGCCGGCGCAGCAUCUCCUGCCCCAGCUGCAACGGCCUGGCGGACGGGAACAAGCUGCUGGCGCCCGUGGCUCUGGCCUGCGGCUCGGACGGGAGUCUGUACGUCGGGGACUUCAACUACGUGAGGAGGAUCUUCACCACGGGGAAUGUCACCAGCGUCCUGGAGCUCAGCAACAGCCCGGCUCACAAGUACUACCUGGCCACCAGUCCGGUGAACGGCGCCGUGUACCUCUCGGACACCAGCAGCAGGAAGGUGUUCAAGGUCAAAUCCCUGAACGUGGUGAAAGACGUGGCCAAGAACCUGGAGCUGUUGGCCGGCACCGGGGACCAGUGUCUCCCGUACGACGACACGCGCUGCGGCGACGGGGGGAAAGCGGUCGAGGCCACGCUCACCAACCCCAGAGGAAUUACGGUGGAUAAAUACGGUGUAAUCUUCUUUGUGGACGGGACCAUGAUUCGCCGGAUUGAUCAGAACGGCAUCAUCUCCACUCUGCUGGGCUUCAACGACCUGACCUCUGCCCGACCCCUGAGCUGCGACGCUGUGAUGGACAUCUCUCAGGUGCGUCUCGAGUGGCCCACAGACCUGGCCGUGAGUCCCAUGGACAACUCCCUGUACGUCCUGGACAACAACGUGGUUCUCCAGAUCUCGGCGAACCAUCAAGUCCGUAUUGUAGCCGGCCGCCCGAUGCACUGCCAAGUCCCCGGGAUCGAUCAUUUCCUAAUGAGCAAAGUGGCCAUCCACGCCACCCUGGAGUCCGCCAACGCCCUCGCCGUGUCCCACAAUGGCAUUCUGUACAUCGCCGAGUCGGACGAGAAGAAAAUAAACCGAGUCCGACAGGUGUCCACGAACGGAGAGAUCUCGCUGGUUGCCGGGGCACCGAGCGGCUGCGACUGCAAGACGGACGCCAACUGUGAUUGUUACUCCGGGGACGAAGGCUACGCCAAGGACGCCAAGCUGAACGCGCCCUCCUCGCUGGCGGUUUGUCCAGACGGAGAGCUUUACAUCGCAGACCUGGCUAACAUUCGGAUCCGCUACGUGCGCCGGAACAAGCCCUACCUGAAUCCGCUCAGCAUGUACGAGGUGUCCUCUCCCAUUAACGACGAGCUCUAUCUGUUCGACUCCAACGGCAGCCACAUCUUCACACAGAGCCUGACGACAGGAGACCACCUCUACAACUUGACCUACACGGGAGGAGGGGAUCUGAGCAGCAUCACCGAUAAGAACAAGAACACGGUGAUCAUCCGACGGGACACGACAGGAAUGCCCCUGUGGCUCAUGGUCCCUGACGGACAGACCUUCUGGUUCACCAUCGGCACCAACACUGCCCUGAAAACUGUCGCCGCUCAGGGUCAGGAACUCGCUGUGAUGACCUACCACGGCAGCUCGGGACUUCUCGCCACCAAGACGAACGAAAACGGAUGGACCACCUUCUUCGAGUAUGACACUUACGGGCGUCUGACUAACAUCACUUACCCGACGGGCCGAGUGAGCAGCUACCGCACGGACGCCGACAGCUCGGUCCGCAUCCAGGCGGAAGGCUCCAGCAAGGAGGACAUCACCGUCACCACCAACCUGUCGGCCUCCGGCACCUUCUACACACUCAUGCAGGAUCAAGUACGCAACAGCUAUUUCAUUGGUCUGGACGGCUCGCUGCGGCUGGUGCUGGCCAAUGGCAUGGAGGUUUCCCUGCACACCGAGCCCCACCUGCUGGCUGGCACCGUCAACCCCACGGUCAGCAGGAGGAACGUGACCCUGGCCAUCGACAACGGCCUGAACCUGGUGGAGUGGAGGCAGAGGAAGGAGCAGGCCCGCGGACAGGUCACUGUGUACGGACGCAGAUUAAGGGUUCAUAACAGGAACUUGCUGUCGCUGGACUUUGAUCGAAUCACCAGAACAGAGAAGGUCUAUGACGACCACAGGAAGUUCACCUUGCGGAUCCACUACGACCAGGCUGGUCGACCCACGCUAUGGGCGCCGAGCAGUCGUCUCAACGGGGUCAACGUCACCUACUCCGCCGCCGGGCACGUGGCCGGCAUCCAGAGAGGAACCAUGUCGGUUCGCAUGGAAUACGACCAGAACGGAAGAAUCACCUCCCAGAUAUUCGCUGAUGGUAAAUCCUGGAGCUACACAUACCUUGAGAAGUCCAUGGUUCUCCUGCUCUACAGCCAGAGGCAGUACAUCUUUGAAUUUGACAAAAACGACCGUCUCUCCUCUGUGACCAUGCCCAACGUGGCACGGCAGACCCUGGAAACCUCCCGCUCCAUCGGCUACUACAGGAACACCUACCGGCCCCCCGAGGGUAACGCCUCGGUGCUCCAGGACUACAGCGAGAACGGUCAGCUGCUGCAGACCACCUACCUGGGCACGGGCCGCAGGGUCAUCUACAAGUACGGCAAGCUGGCCAAGCUGCUGGAGAUCCUCUACGACACCACGCGCAUCGGGUUCUCCUACGACGAGGUGGCCGGCAUGCUGAAGACGGUGAACCUGCAGAGCGAGGGCUUCACCUGCACCAUCCGCUACCGGCAGAUCGGCCCGCUGAUCGACCGGCAGAUCUUCCGAUUCAGCGAGGAGGGCAUGGUGAACGCCAGGUUCGACUACGUCUACGACAACAGCUUCCGAGUCACGAGCAUGCAGGCGGUCAUCAACGAAACGCCGCUGCCCAUCGACUUGUAUCGCUACGACGACGUGUCCGGCAAAACGGAGCAGUUCGGCAAAUUUGGGGUGAUCUACUACGACAUCAAUCAGAUCAUCACCACGGCGGUGAUGACCCACACCAAGCACUUUGACGCGUACGGCCGGGUGAAGGAGGUUCAAUACGAGAUCUUCCGCUCGCUCAUGUACUGGAUGAUGGUGCAGUACGACAACAUGGGCCGGGUGGUGGCCAAGGAGCUGAAGGUCGGGCCUUACGCCAACACCACGCGCUACACCUACGAGUACGACGCCGACGGCCAGCUGCAGGUGGUCUCCAUCAACGACAAGCCUCUGUGGAGAUACAGCUACGACCUGAACGGCAACCUGCAUCUCCUCAGCCCCGGGAACAGCGCCCGCCUCACGCCGCUACGCUACGACAUCAGAGACCGGAUCACCCGCCUCGGAGACGUCCAGUACCGGGUGGACGAGGACGGCUUCCUCAAGCAGCGAGGGAACGAAUACUUUGAGUACAACUCCGCCGGCCUGCUGAUCAAAGUGUACAACAGAGUGAGCGGCUGGAGCAUCAAGUACCGCUACGACGGCGUGGGCAGGCGCGUGUCGAGCAGAAGCAGCACCGGCCAUCACCUGCAGUUCUUCUACGCCGACUUGUCCAGCCCCACCCGGGUCACACACAUGUACAAUCACUCCAGCUCGGAGAUCACGUCCCUGUACUACGACCUGCAGGGACACCUGUUCGCCAUGGAGCUGAGCAGCGGGGACGAGUUCUACGUGGCGUGUGAUAACAUCGGAACUCCUCUGGCUGUGUUCAGCGGCUCGGGCCUGAUGAUUAAGCAGAUUCUCCACACGGCGUUCGGGGAGGUGUACCUGGACUCUAACCCCAGCUUCCAGCUCAUCAUCGGCUACCAGGGCGGCCUGUACGAGCCUCUCAGUAGGCUGGUCCACAUGGGGAGGCGGGACUACGACGUGCUGGCCGGCCGCUGGACCACGCCCAACCACGAGAUCUGGAAACGUCUCAACAGCAACCACAUCGUGCCGUUCAACUUGUACAUGUUCAAGAACAACAAUCCUCUGAGCAACAACGAGGAGAUAAAGUGCUACAUGACUGAUGUCAACAGCUGGCUGGUAACUUUCGGCUUCCAGCUGUACAACGUCAUUCCCGGCUAUCGGAAACCCAACACCGAGGCCAUGGAGCCGUCCUACGAGCUGGUCAGGACCCAGAUCAAGACCCAGGAGUGGGACAGCACCAAGUCCUUGCUCGGCGUCCAGUGUGAAGUUCAGAGGCAGCUGAAGGCCUUCGUGAAGCUGGAGCGUUUCGGCCAAAUCUACAGAUCCAAAAGCGCCGGAUGCGCUCAGACGGAGAGCAAGAAGGUCUUCGGCUCCGGCGGCUCCAUCUUCGGGAAGGGGGUGAAGUUCGCCAUCCGAGAAGGUCGCAUCAGCACCGACAUCAUCAGCUUGGCCAACGAAGACGGGCGCCGCAUGGCCGCGGUGCUCAACGACGCCUUCUACCUGGAAGACCUGCACUUCACCAUCACCGGCACGGACACGCACUACUUUGUCAAACUGGGCUCGGUGGAGGGAGACCUGGCGCUCAUCGGCAUGACGGUGGGCCGCCGCACGCUGGAGACCGGCGUCAACGUGACGGUGUCUCAGGUCAACACGGUUCUCAACGGCAGGACUAGGCGCAUUACGGACAUCCAGCUGCAGUACGGCGCCCUGUGCCUGAACACGCGCUACGGCAGCAGCGUGGACGAGGAGAAGGCUCGCGUGCUGGAGCUGGCCCGGCAGAGGGCCGUCGCCCAGGCGUGGUCCCGGGAGCGCCAGAGACUGAGGGACGGAGAGGAGGGCUCGCGGACCUGGACCGAGGGAGAGAAGCAGCAGCUGCUGGGCUCGGGGAAGGUGCAGGGCUACGACGGGUACUACGUGGUCUCGGUGGACCAGUACCCGGAGCUGGCGGACAGUGUCAACAACGUUCAUUUCAUGAGACAGAGCGAAAUGGGCCGAAGGUGA